AUGACAAGUGAAACUGCAUCGAAAAAGGAUAAUACUAUAGAAUUAUUUACAAAGAUAUUUGAGAAUAAGCUGGGCAAUGCCGAUGGUUUGAUUAGCAAUGAACAAUUACAACAGAUGGCAGGUCGUGUUACUCGAGGUUCGAACGAAGAAGAUUUUGAAUAUCUACAAAUAUAUGGACCUACUGUCAGGAAAUUUGCUUGGGUAAUGGGUGGCGAUGGUUUAUCUGUUUUUCUGGAGGAAUCGAACUUGGAUGCGCUCCGUUCAAUUGGCUAUGAAGAUAGAUCGACCCGAAGAAUAUUGGAAAACGGCCAACACUAUCGAUUGGGUGUAUUUUACAAAUCUACUGAAUGCGUUUCAGCUACAUGGGAAGGAGUACUAUCGCUAAUCGAUACAUACUAUCCAAAGCCUAUUUCGAUCAAGAUUCGUCGACAUUCAGAUGCAUUAAAACGAAUGAGUUUCGAUGACAUUGAAGCUCGCGCUAGACUAUCAUAUCUUCGUGGAGCGUCCUAUUUUGAUGUCCAUGGAUUUGCUGUGGGAGGCCAUGCAACUGAUCCUCGUUUCAUGAGUGAAGAGAGAUUUUUAGAAUGUGAAGGCACACUUGAAGAGACACGAGGUUUUCUCUAUCAUCGAGUAGGUGUGUCUAGAUUGUUUGAUGGAAGUGGCUUUACCAAGGAUUCAAAUGGGCGACUGUGUGUAUCAGAAUAUUUGCAACUGAACAUACCUGUUCGAGACAUACCUGAAUUUCGUUAUCUUGACUUAUCGAUCGAUACGGCUGAUCUCAUGCCUGACGCUUAA